ACUAAGGCUAUAGAUCUCAUUGAUCAAUUUAAAGCGUUGUCGUCAACUUCAAUCUAUCGUUCUAAUACAGACCAGGACUAGCAGCACUUUAUUAUCGGCACGAUGUAGACAAUGUUGUAUUCUAGAAACUGUGGUAUAUCAAGUUCAUAUACCACAGUUGGAUUUCGCGCAAGAAGACAAGGGGACAGUGUGAUUGCUCAAUGUGUGAUUCCAGUGGUCAAUCUAUAGAAUGGUCAGUGUUAUCUCAGGAACGCAACUGGACAGAAUGGGCGGAUAUGAACAAAAGAUGGUUGUGGGUGGUAUUGGAUGAAAACGAGAUUGGAAUGGAGUGGCGCCAACCACGACCUGGACGCAAUAGAAACGUUUUUAAAGGUUCAUUUUUAGUGUCGACUUUAUUAGAUCAACAUUCCAACCGAUUUAAAAGUCGAGCAGUUGCCGUUAAAUUUGCCAAAAAACUGUUCCGUGAGGGUCAAAUUAAAAGUAUUUUUGGAGCCAAUUCAUUCGAAGACUCUGCCCAUUUGUACAUGUGGAAUGAUGACGUCAUUAACGAUCUACAGCGAACUAAUAUGACGUCAAAUAAAACUGUGAAUCACGUGAGCACUGGAAUAAAGGAAUCUCGUUACGACCAGAAAGUCAUUGAUGAUGCUAAAAAUAAAAUACUUAAUAGAGGCGAACAGAUUAAUUUAGUGAAGCCAUUUAAUAAUUUUAUUCAAGAAGUUCAAAGGGAUUAUUUGCGUGGUAGUGAACAGGACAGUAUUAAAAAUCCGCCAAGUGUAAAUCCGAAAAAUUAUAGUUCGCUUCCAACCUACCCUGUUGUUGAGCCUAGGAUAUCUCCGAGCCAACGGGAGAAACUUACAUCUAAAUAUAUAAUCGGUAACGCCAUGUCGAAUUCCAGGAAUCGCGUUGUUUUAUCCGGAGAAAAACUGAUGGAUAGUAACGAUCGUAAGGAACUGGCGCCUAUGGAGUUUAAUAUGGCGGGAAACGUGACGGGCACCAUGAACAGUCAGACGUCUUCGGUUGUGACGGCGGAAAGUAGCGAAAAUAACCGAAGAUGGGGAGAGACAAUUUAUUCUUAUUCGGACAACGAAAAACAAUUAAUAGAAGAAAUGAAACGCAUGAAAAAGGAACAUCAACAUAUCUUAAAAACAUACGAAGAGAGAAUUAAUAAACUCAUGGCAAAGAUGCAUGAAUUAAGAAGCAUUGCCGAGAUGUUAGAAAACUCCAGUACUAAGUCUUCCCCGUAUGGUGUUCUUCCAAAUAAAGCCAAUCUCUUAAGCAUUAUAGGUAGUAAAUUAGAGGAAGAAAGAAAACAAGCAGCUUUACUGAAUGGGGAGGAUGCACCCCCUCCCCUCCCCCCUCGUCCAUCACGAGGCAACAAGGUUUAUCCUAAUAAACCCAUCAUACAUACAGGUGUUCCCAUGAAAACUUUACAAUGGACCAGAAUUAUAGUAGCAGACGAGACUGAACAUGGCCCCGCUUCUGUCUGGCAUGGUAUAAUGGAACCCAAGAUAGACGGUGAAGAAUUAGAAAAGUUAUUUUGUGCUGCCAAAGAAUCACUGGAUGAUAUUUCUUUAUUUGACGAUAUUUAUGUACGACGUGGUAGACCUAAACAACAGUUAGUUAAUAUUUUUGAUAACGAGAAAGCGCAAAGAAUAAUUGUCGAAAUGCGCAAUAUACGCUGUACGUUAAACGAUCUGAUACAAUCUGUGUCCCAACUUGACACCAAGGAAUUCAGCCAAGAAAGUCUUGCUCAACUACUUGAUUUAAUAUGUUCAUCACGUGACAUGGAUAAAAUAUUACAUCAUAUAAAACGUAAAGGAGCCGGUCAACUGGAUUAUCCAGAAUAUCUCAUCUCAGAAUUAGCAAAGAUUGAUCAUUUUCGAGAAAGAUUAGAUUUUCUCCGAUUUAAAGAGAAAUUACAGAUUAACCUGUUUGAAAUAGAACAACAGCUCCGAGAACUUCAUACAGCUUGUGAUGAAAUCAGUAGCAGUUUAUCAUUAAAAAAUCUAUUAGCGACAUUAUUAACAGUGGGUAAUUAUUUAAAUGGCGGAUCUGAUAAAGGACAAGCUGACGGCUUUCAUUUAGAUAUUUUAAAUAAACUGAAAGAUGUCAGUGAUAAGACAAGACGUGGUAAUCUACAUGAGUUUAUUGUCAAAUCUUAUUGUAAAAUAUAUGAAAGUGAUGUAGAAUCUGGUUGUCCUACUAAAUUUAGAUUACCUGAACCUUCUAAUAUGAGACAUGCUGCACAGGUAUCUUUUGAUGAUAUACAACGUGCAUUAUCUAGUUUACGACAAGAAUUACAUGGUGUUAGAGAUAAGAUUGAAGCAUUAGCUAGAAAAGAGAAUAGUAAUAUAACUUAUCAACUUAGAGUUACUAGUGAAAACUACCUCACGUGUGCUGUAGAAGUGUUGUCAGAAGAAGACCGACUUCUAGAAGAAACUAAAAAAUACUUCCGCCGAACAACGACCUUUUUUAUACAUGAUAACAGACAGUGUACUCCUCAAGAAUUCUUCCAAAUUUGGGCAUCGUUUCUCCAUGAUACAAAAUUCUACUGGAAAUUGGCGCACCGAAAUUUAGCUAAAGCAAAAUUUGAAAUGGAAUUUUUGUCUAAAAACCAAAUGUCAUCAACAUCACAACACAGUCAUGGUAAAUACCGUAACGAAGUAAAGAAACGUUUAACUAAUCUAGGAGAAGAUCAUGACCGCCAUAUCUCCCGCGCCCAACAACUCAAGCAUAUUAACAACUGGAUAGAAUCCGUGGGAAAAUAUGCAGAAGAGAUAAAGACGGAGAUGCCGGUUCAUUCAUCAUCUCGGACCACCGGGAAAAAAGACAAGCAUCAUAGUUCUAGAGGUCAUGAACAUCGUCCAUCAUCACCUAAACCUCUCACUUCAACACCACCGGAUGUCCAUAAACCCCUUGCCCUGAAUCACAACAGCCCAACACAAGCUGUAGCUCCGUACACUGGCAAUGGACAUAAUUACAUGAAUCAGGAAUCGCCGUAUGACACAAUAGUAAGAGGACAUAAUACUGAUAAUGAUGAUCUAAAGAAUCUUGCGAACACUGCACCACAAGACUCUUCUGCCCAGAAGAAGAGUAGCACUCAGUUCUCCUUGAAAUCAUGGCUGAAACGCGAGCAGUCAAAACGCACGGAUGAUGGCACCAACACACAAGCACAGAAAUCACAGACUCCUGUAAGUACAGGUACCUUGGGUAAAAUUCGCAACACUGUUGUGAAUAAAUUUUCGAAUUCUAAGAGACCUAACGAUACUCAACAGGAGCCUAUUAAAAAUGAGAUCGAGAGACAGCAGAAGGGAACCGACACGAGUAAUUCACCACCUCAGCACCAGACAAUUUUAACCGGAAAUGAGAUCAAUGUCAAUAUGGUGACCGGUCCUAAUAUUUAUGUGGACAGAGCCAAGGGAGAUUACCAAGGAUUGUAUUUUGAGGUUCCUAUUUCUCGGGAUAGUGGUUACCACGGACAGAACUCCAACCCCUCAACACUGAGCAGUACUAAAAGUCGAGAUAGUUCUCCUCCUAAAUAUGAUUAUAGCAAAGAUCGUCAAUUCGCGGUACCGAAACCCGUGAACAAUAAAAAUACCUCACCGCCUAAUGAUAUGAACAAUAAUAGAAAACAUAGAGUAAUCCCACCAGAAACUCCCCCAAAACCCUUACGAUCAAAGGAUCGAGCUCUCUUAGCUCAAAACAGUGGGCAUAAUAUCCUCGAUUCUUAUGGUAGGACGAAACCAAUCGACAUCCAAAUGGAUAAACCACAACACCCAACAACGAUUCACAAAGCGGAGUCGGUGCCUGUUUACAAAGCUAAGUUAAUUCCUAACUAUGAAAAUCAGGGCAAAAUGGAUCCACGCAUGCAGGGCAUUCGUGGUCAGGCUGAACCAGUAGUAGCAGCUCAUAAACCCCAGAUAUCCAACUCCUCUGAUGCUUACAGAAAUGAACUAGCCAGAAAGAGCGAAAUGUAUAUUAAAUCUGGUCAACCAUCUUCUGUUAAUCCGCUCAAACAAAGCUCCCUGUCUCCAGAAUCAUAUGGUUUAGCAAAUGGCCACGGUUCAAACUCAGAUUUUGGUCGUUGUCCACAGCAACAUUUUGGUGAAUAUCCAGCUCGAAGAAGUGCUAGUACUCAAAAUAUAUUGGAGAGAUCAUCCAACCAAUUCCUCAGCCCACCACAACCAUCAUCAGAUCCACGACUAUUAUCAUCAAAUCGCCCAUCAGCUAAUUCAGCUUCGGUUACUAAUUUAAUUGAUAGAUUCGAGAAGAGUCCGAUUCAAAUAGAUGGAGAUAAACCACCAUCGAUGACAUCCACGCCCCUCACUCAUCGACGAAAUCAACCAACAACGUCUCCUGAACGCGACUCCUACAACACAUCACCUCAUAAAGCUAGAUCCCAGGAUCGCAACAACCCGCGAUCUCGAGAAUCAAGUCAACCGCGGCAUCGGGAUUCUAGUCAACCACGACAUCAAGAUUACAACCCAGCGAGACAACUGGAUUACCAUGACGCUGACCAGAAACCACAAGUUCAUCCAGUUCCAAAACCACGCCGAACGAAUCCACAAUCAUUAUCACCGGGAAAUCAGUUUAAUUAUAACCAAACGAGUCCACAUCAACAACAGUCAAAUCAUCACGAUCAACAUCACCAUGGACAUCAGCCACAUCAAUCCGCAAAUCAGUAUCAUCAACAAUCUUCCAAGCAUCAUCACCAGCAACCAGUGCAGCAGAAGAACAACCACCCGCAAUCUGAACAGUAUGGUGUCUUCAAGGCAACACCUGUAUCUUAUCACAUCCCUAGGCCAGAGAAUAAUUACGGGUUAAGCGAUCCGGAAGACAAUUAUUCCGAUCAGUUACGGAAAGCGUCUAAGGCCAAAAAUAGUGCUACGUUUGAUCGUUAUCAAACCACUAGUCCACAUUAUAGUCGUCAUCAAACGGGUGCCAUGGCUGUUGUAAAACCCACAAUUGUUCAACCUACAGCAAUGGACAUAUAGUUUACUAUAGGUCACAUACAAUAAUAUAUUGAUGCAAUAUUUUAUUAAUAUUAUUAUUUACAUAAUCAUUAUUCAUUAUCAGUCUGAUUACAACACAGAUCAUAUUUCGUUUCGUUUUUUAUAGUUCAAAAUUUCGUUUUACUUGUUUUCACAAGACAAGGAGGAUCUGAAAGAGUUGUUAUAUAACCCGCGUUUUGGCUGUAGUGAGGGAUUAGCCAAUGAAACCACCUGUCACGGCGACUUUUUGGCUUGCUCUGCACGGAACUAAAAACGUCGACACUGAUUGAUUAUUUAAUGUCUGACGUCAUAGGGUCAAAAGCUGCUCGUAUGAUCCCAGACGCGACCUUCAACUAUAACCAGUCAGAUCUUCAUGUAGUAGAGGCCAUCGAAAGUUUUAAAAAACGAAACGAAAUAUAGAUCUGUAUUUGAAUCAGGUUGUAUUCAUUAUUGUUAUAUAAAACAUAUUAAAAGAUUUAAAAU